UAGAACAAGUGGCAGCGCUCUGGGAUUCGAGGCUGGGCACGCCGGAGGCCCGCAACGCUAUUAUCCAGCUCAGACUGCGACGGCCGCGGUGUGUGGCGAAGGUCUUGGCACCAUUUGUGGUCAUGCUUGAGAUAAGGCGUGAAAAUUGCAGGUGAGAUGCAAGUUUGUGGAUGUGAUGCCUCUGUAAAAGGGUUUUAAACCCCUGGGACCUGAGCUGAGCACCCAACAUUCCAACUCACGCUUCAGAGCUCACGCACUGCAGCACCUGGCAAAGACGCAUGCAAGAAGAAAGGCUGCCGUUUUGUGCGACCUGGACGAGCAAAGUUGGACAUUCCAGUUCAGCCUCAACUUCAGAUAGCCCAAUCGGAUUGAAGGGAACUAUAGGAUAUAUUGCCCCAGAGUAUGCUCAAACUGGCCAAGCAUCAACCAAUGGGGAUGUUUUCAGUUUUGGAAUAGUUCUUCUAGAGAUGUUGAUAGGUAAAAGACCAACAGACCCUAUGUUUGACAACGAACUCAACAUUGUCAAUUUCGCAGAGAGGAACUCCCCAGAUCAGAUAUUAGAAAUCAUUGAUGCUCACCUACAAGAAGAAUGCAAGGGAUUCAUUGGUGCAUCAGCGGAAGCAGGAGACUUGGUAUAUCAGUGCUUGGUGUCCCUUGUGCAAGUAGCUCUAUCUUGCACGCGUCUGUCUCCAAGAGAGCGAAUGAACAUGAGAGAAGUAGCCAUGAAGUUGCACGCAGCCAGAACAUCAUAUAUAUGUUGGAGCAACCAAGCGAGAGCAAGUUAUGCCACGCUAGAGUGAUUUGGUAAUUGACAUCGAACUUGUCAGGAUUUAACUCGCGUUAUUUGCAACAUGUGCCAUCGAGUUUGUAUAAAUGAAUCGGUAUGAAUGAAUUAAGGUAAUUAUUUCAAAUUA